GGUUAAUCAUGUUACCAAGACAGUUCAGCUGCAUUAGCACUAAUAAAUACAGGUCACCUGACACCUACAGCUUUUAAGACUCACGUGUGCUUGUGUCUAUCCAUUCGUCUUUAGAGGACAUCGUUUAAGGGGAUCAGGACUGGGGUCAAGAGAGGGCACGGUGAGAGAAGCAGGGAUGGGCAAGUGGGUUUGACCAAGAGGUUCGAUAGAAGGAAAAGUUCAAAAGUGUUAGAGCAGAAGGAGAGACACUGAUGGAAAAGGUGAAACAGGACAGGUGUACGAUGACCCAGCAGGUGAGCUCUUCACCCUUCCUGAAGGCUUUUUACCUAAAGAUGCCACUGAGUGUGCCUAGUCCUCUCCGUCAACGACGCCACACGCUUCCUGCCAGUGAGUUCCGCAACCUCACACCACAGGACGCCAUCAGUGUGUUUGAGAUCGAGAGAGAAGCUUUCAUCUCAGUGUCUGGAGAAUGUCCACUCACACUGAACGAGGUGCUGAACUUCUUAGGUCAAUGUCCCGAGCUCUCCAUGGGCUGGUUCGAGGAAGGACAGCUGAUGGGCUUCAUCAUCGGAUCUGGCUGGGACAAGGAAAAACUUGCGCAGGAAGCUCUGACACGUCACGUGCCCAACACUCCUACUGUACACAUCCACGUGUUGUCUGUCCACCGGCACUGUCGUCAACAAGGGAAAGGCUCCAUUCUGCUGUGGCGUUACCUGCAGUAUCUACGCUGCCUUCCAGGUCUGCGCCGAACCCUGCUUGUGUGUGAGAAGUUUCUCGUGCCUUUCUAUGAGAAGGCUGGCUUUAAGGACAAAGGGCCCUCAGCUAUCACAGUAGGAGCUCUCUGCUUCAGAGAGCUGGAGUAUACACUCGCAGGGCUGGCCUAUGCACGGCGCAAGAGCAACUGCUAAAUGUCUAUGAUCACAGCUGACAGUGGUAUGUUUUUACAGUGAAGGACACCAAUGCUCAGAUUCUGGGCAGCAACUCAAGGCUGGAUCAGAAAAGAAAACGCCGACCAGCCACCAUUACCAGCAUCAUCCUGAUGAGCGCUAUCUAAACCUCAUUUCAGUCUGCACAUAUUAUAAAUGGCACUACAUGAAAUUACACAAUCUGUAUAACAAUGUACAGUUUGGUUCAAAUGAUUCUGUCAUUGCAUUGGUUGAA